UGUUGCAAUAUUUUGUGUUGACUAGGGAUGCUGUAGCCGUGAUAGUUUAUUAACCUUUCUGUUUGUAUUCCCUUAGUGGGACCAGUGGAAUUGGCUGUUUCUCAUACAUACGUGUUGUAAAUAUAUCUACAGGGUGAUGGCUCUGUUCCUGAGUCAGGUUCCUCUUUUAGCACAACACCAUCUUGCACAUCUCCUUUGCAAGUCCCCUCAGUACCGGACACCCAACAACAUCAGUGUGAAAGCAAAGCUUCGAACGUGGACCCCAACUGUCCAGUAAACUUCCAAGUUUGUUGGGAAAGCAUGCCACCACAACUAAUAUCCGCAGUGAAGAAAAAGGAGCGCCCGUCUAGCAGGCUGCGUCGUGAAAUGGUCCGUCUGGUAGUUGACCAAUCCAGAACCAUGUGUGAGCGCCCACUCAAGAAACACUACGAAAUUAUUGCAAGACGAAUUGUGGGCCAGUAUCCAGCAUCAUUUCAAGAUGCCUUUGAAGGCACGGUUGUUGGGACGGGUCAUGAUUCGCUUCUUAAUCAGCUGGUCUUUAGGACCGAAAACUGUGUACGCUUUCAGAACCGUUGCUCUGGUGAGACGGCGGAUCUGACGAAGAGUGGACGAAAGAAGGCCCGCAUGUACGGUUGCUUCAAGGAUUCUACCACUGAAAACAUUGAUGAGGAGUGCUUGGAAGAAAAAAAAGAAACGCUAAAACAUUGGUAUGUGACGAACACUGGUCAAAAAGAUGACAUCAAAGCGGAGAUGAAGGUGACAUACUUGCUGCAACGGAAAAUGAUCGAUUCGAAAAUCAAAACCCCCGAACUCCUGUCGGAAUGGCCGUACCUCUUCACGCCCGACGGCAUGUUCAUCCACUUUCACGAGCUUGUUGGCAUACACGUCGAGGAUGUGCUCCCAGUGUCAUUCAAGGAAAAGGGACUGAGCAUUUUGAAAUUCGCACAACAGUGCGAGAAAAGUGAUGCUGCCACGCAAAUCCUGGCGGAGCUGGAAGAUGCCCCAGGCACAGAACUGCAAAACCAGGCAGUCGCAGUGACCCUUCUCCUGUUACACUACUUAGAGGAAAAUGCCGUCUUCAUUGUUCGUGGCGAUCCUUGUACUGCCCGUGAUGUGGAGCAGUCUGACCUUCCAGCAAGCCCAAGAAUUAUUGUUAUUGGUGAUUCCGCAUGGUGCCCGUCCUCAUUCAUGUUGAGUGUAGACAAGAUUGUUGUCACAGACCUCAUCGAUGACUUUAUCACGGCAAUCAGCGUCUGGUUUGCUCUCCACUAUGUGCUGAAUCUUGUAUAUGCCCAAGAAAGUCAAGCAUUGCUGGAGUUCCUGCAGAGGACAUUUCUCUGGAUAAACCCUGACCGGGGUUCAAGAGCAGAGAAGAGGCAGCGCACGCCUGUCAAUAAAAAGGUGCUGCGACUCGUCGACAAGCUGUCGCACUUUGAGUGGCAUGUUUAA